AAAAACACGGAUUUUGCAAACGGGGAAUUGGCCAAAUUAAACGUAAUCAUGUUGUUAUAUCACUCUAGCAUCUGGCCCCAGGGUGAUUGGCCAGGGCACCUCCAACGUGCCUACUGUCGGCGCGGUCAGACUGGGGUUGACAGGACGCGCGUUGUGGUCAGUCUAUCCAGUGCGCGCUAACCAUGAGUCCGGCACUGCCCGGAGCGCCAAACUUUCACCAAUUACGCCCGGAAGUAUGUCGGAUCGCACUGAAGGUUUACAUGCAGCCAUCUCCACACAUCCCCAAGUUCAAACUGGAUUCAUCUAUGUUGGAGGGAAGAAAACAUAGAGGGCACUUACAAUUUGUCCUGUGACUGCAAGUGCUUUGCUGAAGACUGGAUGCUCUGGUUCUCUGCAGCUGAAUCUGGUGACUGAGCCUCCCAUCUGUCCAUCUUUGUGUGUGGGCGUGUGGGUGUGCAUGUGUGUGUCUGAUUGUCUUAUCCGGGGGUCCCAAGGCUUUGCACUGGCUGAACUGCAACCAUGGAGGUGGCCCUGGUAGACUUUGAGAGCCUGGAUGAGCUUGACGGCAACCUUGAGGAUGAGGUGGACACCUACGCUGAUGAGACCACAGCUCUCACAGUGGACAUGCCCCCGGAGCACAGCUGCAGCCCAGGCAGCAACCACCUUAUACAAGCCUCUCAGUUUUCCUCUAUGCCCAAGCUCUCUUGCAUUUGGGAAUCCACCUCAUCUUCGCCCAUUCCAAACACACACACACUAGGAGUACCCCAGUCCCCAACCAUGCCAACUCCAACCAGACCGGAACGCAGUAGCUGUGCCAGUAUGAUCUCCGAUUGGAAAUUGCUGCUAAACAGUGAGUGCACUAAGGAUAGUGAGACUAUCUUCAGCCGGCUUGCUAAGGAGUGCUGCGAGGAUCUGUUUGUAGAUAAACGAGGGCUGGAUGACGGAGACCAGAAAGUCAUCAUCAACAUUGCUGGUCUUCGUUUUGAGACGCAGCUCAAAACUUUGGACCAAUUUCCUGAAACGCUGCUAGGAGAUCCUUUGAAGAGGAUGGACUACUUUGAUCCAAUGAGGAACGAGUACUUCUUUGACCGGAACCGACCCAGCUUUGACGGAAUCUUGUAUUACUACCAGUCAGGGGGCAAGAUCAGACGUCCGGCUAACGUUCCCUUGGAUGUGUUUGCAGAUGAAAUUCUGUUCUAUGAGCUUGGAAAUGAGGCCAUGGAGCAGUUCAGAGAAGAUGAAGGAUUUAUAAAGGACGUUGAGAUCCCUCUACCUAAUAAUGAUGUGUACAGGCAAUUCUGGCUGCUGUUUGAGUACCCAGAGAGCUCAAACGCAGCCCGUGGUGUAGCACUGGUGUCUGUUUUUGUAAUUGUCAUAUCCAUCAUUAUUUUCUGCAUGGAAACGCUGCCAGAAUUCAGAGAUGAAACGGACCCAAUUGUGCCCACAACGCUACAGCCUUUUAACCAAUCUAGAUUUUACAGUUCUGUGGCUCCAUCUGGCGUGAAGCCCACAACUUUCUCUGAUCCCUUUUUUAUCAUUGAGACUGCUUGCAUUGCUUGGUUCUUCUUUGAGCUGUGUGUGAGAUUUUUGGUCUGUCCUAGCAAAAGGGAUUUUUUUCACAACCUCAUGAACAUCAUUGACAUUAUAUCCAUCAUUCCUUAUUUUGUUACCGUGGUUACAGAAUUGAUCACAACGCCUCAAGAGAACUCAGGACAGAACAUGUCUUUGGCCAUUCUGCGUAUCAUCCGUCUGGUAAGGGUGUUUCGUAUAUUCAAACUUUCACGUCACUCCAAGGGGCUGCAGAUCCUGGGACAGACUCUAAAGGCCAGCAUGCGUGAGCUUGGCUUGCUCAUCUUUUUCCUCUUUAUUGGAGUCAUCCUCUUCUCCAGUGCUAUCUACUUUGCUGAGGUAGACGAGCCAAACACACAGUUUGUCAGCAUACCCGAUGGCUUCUGGUGGGCUGUGGUAACCAUGACCACAGUAGGCUACGGGGACAUGUGUCCUAUUACUAUGGGAGGUAAAAUGGUGGGCACCUUGUGCGCCAUCGCAGGUGUGCUGACCAUUGCUUUGCCUGUUCCCGUCAUUGUUUCAAAUUUCAACUACUUUUAUCACAGAGAGACAGAAGCAGAGGACAAGUUGCCCUUGUCAGAUGCUGUUGAGCAAGCCAUGAAGGCUGAAUCAGGUACAAAAGAGGGUUGCAACACCUCUCUUAAUAAAGCCAAUGGCGUCUAGCAGGCUGGCAAAGGGAAAUUCUCAUUCAAGGACACAAUUUAGAAGAAGCGACUUUGCCACAAAGUGGGAAGGAGUUGUUAAGGAAAAAGAGUAUAUGAAGGAAAUUAAUUGUUAUGAUUUUCCUCAAAUAAUGGUCUAAUGGGAUCAAUGAGACAAAGUAUUUGUACGUAGUGAAAAAUCUAGGAUAUACAGGAUCUACUGUACUUCCCUCUUUUGUGUCUAAAAAAAAUGACAAUUUGAAAUUAACGGACACGCUGAAGAAUUCACUAUAAACAGAUUGUAUGUUAACAUAUUUUAAGUUUAGAACUCUUCUUUUAGUUGCACAUGAAUAUAAAAAAGUUCUUCAAUAUACGUUUAAAGGAUUGUUUAAAAUCAUGUUGGUUAUUUUCAUUGUUUUGGCCAUUUUGCUUUUGCUGAUAACAUUUUGCACACCAGCUCCACUGUCACUAUUUGUGGCCACAAUGACUUUUAACACAACUUUGAAACAGUGGCCCUAAACCAGUCAAAUUUAAUGAAAGGUAAAGAGAAAAACUCCAACCCAAAAUAUUCAUAUGAUUAUGACUGCUAACUGUAUGGCAGAGCUACUUCUUGGUUCAGCUUUAGGAAUGACCUUUCUGCCAUUGGAAUAGCUGAUACAUCAAAUGUUUUUAUUGAUGAUUCAUAGAUUAAGGAACUGUGAGUAAUGUUACACUGGAAUGGAUGUUGAAAUUGGACAAUUUGGUUACUGCCUUUUUUCAUCUUCAAAAUAUAUGUCCUCUGCAGCAGUCUCAUAUCAUAACUGAU